UUAUCGUGUUUGUGCAUCGUGGUGCUGACGCAGACGCACUUCGCUAUCCGCGGUGACCCGGACUCGGACUGUUGGGCUUUGUGACGUCAAUGCUUGGUGUGAUAGUGGCUCGAGCAUGUAUAUAAGCAACCGCCCCUUGUUUCUUCCGGGGUUGUUAGAUCGUUAGUUGUGUGACCGAAUAAACAUGUGUUGCACUUAGCACCGUGUGCUGCCUGCCGGCUUCGCCCCUGCGUAGGCGAAGAUAUAAUAGUGGCGACGAGGAUGGGAUCCGUGUGAAUCCGCACGGCCGACAGACGCCAGGCACUUUUGGGAGCGGAAGACUUCAACAUGGCAGCGGCUGGCAAGUUCGAACCCUUCCUCGAGGACGGAGACGAGGAUUUUGAAUCAUACAUCGAGCGGUUCGAGCACUUCCUUCGGGCGACCCAGGUGAGCGACGACCUCAAAGUUUCGGUGUUGAUUACCGCUAUUGGGAAGAAAACCUAUCGCACGCUUAAAAAUCUACUAGCUCCCACGAAGCCCGAGGAGAAAGAAUAUGCGCAACUAAUUCAAGCCCUCAAGAAGCAUUAUGCUCCGGAACCCAUGGUCAUAGCGGAACGUUUCCGAUUCAACCGCCGGAUUCAGCAGGACACAGAACCGGUGGCGGGCUUUGCGUUGGAAUUGAAGAGUCUGGCUGCCUCCUGCAAUUUCGGGGCAUUUUUGGAUGAAGCUUUGCGGGACCGUUUCGUUGCCGGGCUGAAAGACGAGAUAACGCAAGCAGAGCUUCUGAAGAGGGCCACACUGACGUUUGCAGAGGCGUGCGAACUAGCUCGAAGUAUUGAACUAGCCCGUUCCGAGACGAAGAAAUUCCAGCCGGAGGGGCAAGAACUGGGUGUCCACGCCGUACAACGACAAACUCCGAGUUCAAGGUCGGGACAGCCGCGGGGAGACUACAUGGAAACCAGAGCAGCGAAAGAAACAACCGGUUGGGCUUGUUACCGCUGCGGAGCCACCUCCCACACCGACGAAAGGUGCCCGUUCAGGAAAUACCGCUGCCGCGCCUGCAAACGAGUGGGCCACUUGGCAAGAGUGUGCCGGUCGUCCGGCAGCACAGCGCACUAUGCGGAGGACAGUAGUGGAGAACCGGAGCUGGCUUAAGGCGGCGGGAACAGUACUGGACGGGCCGAGAGUGGAAAACAAGGGUCCGCUCUCUAGGGACACUAGAGAGCCCACCUCGACCAGCACGCCUACUCGGCUCAACGAUCAGGACCCACCAGCAUCGAACUUGACG